UCAAAAUACACAUAAUUUCUUGGUGUUUUCGAACUGCAGAUGAAGAGGAAGGUUGAUUGUCGCAAAGUAAUCGAGUACAUAGUGCAAGGUAAGCACACGACAAAUGCUUAACUGGCAAAAUGUACUCGACCCCAAUCCAACUUGAUGCUUUCUAUCGCUGUGCAU